GUCCCGUACGCCUGGCCCGUCGCGCGGACGGGCGUCGUCGCCACCAUCGCCGGCCCCGCCGCCGCGGCCUCGGGACCCGUGUUCGCGCUCCGCGCCGACAUGGACGCGCUCCCCAUCCAGGAAAUGGUAGAAUGGGAGUUCAAGAGCAAGGAAGAUGGGAAGAUGCACGCUUGUGGGCAUGAUGUUCAUGUGGCAAUGCUACUUGGAGCUGCUAGACUGCUUCAGUCUUGCAAGAACGAUCUGAAGGGCACAGUAAAGCUUGUCUUCCAGCCGGCCGAGGAGGGCCACGCCGGCGCGUACCAUGUGCUCAAGGAAGGCGUCCUGGACGAUGUGCAAUCCAUCUUCGGCAUGCACGUCGCGACAUCCCUGCCGGUGGGCACCGUCGGCUCCAGGCCAGGGCCGUUCCUCGCCGGAGCAGCCAGGUUCUCGGCGACCAUCACCGGGAAAGGCGGGCACGCGGCGGGGCCCCAGCUCGUCGUCGACCCCAUCGUCGCGGCUUCCUCCGCCGUGCUCAGCCUUCAGCAGCUCGUCGCUCGCGAGACCGAUCCGCUUCAGGGCGCUGUGGUCUCGGUGACCUUCAUCAAAGGAGGCGAGGCUUUCAAUGUCAUUCCGGAAUCCGUGACCCUGGGUGGCACGUUCAGGAGCAUGACGAGCGAAGGCCUCUCCUACCUCAAGAGGAGGAUCAGAGAGGUGAUCGAAGCGCAGGCCGCCGUGGGCCGCUGCACGGCGGCCCUCGACUUCAUGGAGGAGGAGCUCCGGCCGUACCCGGCCACCGUCAACGACGAAGCCAUGUACGCCCACGCCAAGGCGGUGGCCGAGAGCAUGCUCGGCGAGGCCAACGUCAAGCUGCGGCCCCCGAUCAUGGCGGCGGAGGACUUCGGCUUCUACGCGGAGAGGAUCCCGGCCGCCUUCUUCGGCAUCGGCGUCAGAAACGAGAAGGCGGGGGAGAUGCACCACGUGCACUCGCCGCACGUGGUGUUCGACGAGGGCGCGCUCCCCAUCGGAGCCGCCUUCCACGCCGCCGUGGCCAUCGAGUACCUCAACAAAAAAGCCUCGCCAUAGCCUGCCCUGGAUGCACUGUGACCAUUUCAAGCAUCAAAGGAGCUUCCUGGAAUCUUUUUUCGAGAAGAAAAAAAAACUGUGAUCAGUAUAAAAGGAAUCUUUCUGAU